AAAAACUAUACAUAACCUAUAAGUACAUCUACACCUGAAGAAAUGAGCGAUUCAGUAGAAAUAACUCCAGAAGAACAACAAGCAAACGCUUUUCUACGAGAACGAUUCUUGUCUAACGUGAUAUCGUUAUGCAAAAGCAAGAAAAAAUGUGAGAUAAACAUGUAUGAAAACACAAUUGUGAAGGGCGAUAUAAAAGCAGUAGAUUUGAAUUUCGAUAACAUUUUGAUUGAAAAUUUAGAAACUCCAUUGCCGAAUACUCUUAAAGUAGCUGUCUUAAGGUCUAGUGAUGUUUUAUCAAUUUCUUAUGAAUAAAUAAAAAAAUUGAUUUAAUAACGAUAUUUGAUAUUAUUUGAAAUUAUUAAAGUGAA